AUGGAUCCGCUAAACAUAAUGAAUUCGAGAUUCCCACCUUUAUUCAUCACAAUGCCUCAUAUCAUCUACACAUCGCUGACAUUCCAGAACAUCUCGAAAGCAGCUCAAUUCCAGCCGAUUGCGAAACAAGAACCUAUUCCAGUUUCGACGUCUUCAAUGGCUCAACCUCAAACGUGCAAUAUCAAAAAACGGAAAGCCGCCAGAGAAAAUUCGGUGCCAAGAGCAAAGAAGGCGCCAAAAUAUGAAGCGGACAAUUGUGAGUCUGCCGAUCUAAUCAAAAUGAAGCGACGCGUAGUGUGCGAAUCGUGCGGCAAAACAUUCUGCGACAAGGGUGCUCUGAAGAUCCACACAUCAGCGGUGCACCUGCGCGAAAUGCACAUUUGCACAAUCGCAGGUUGCGGAAAACAAUUUUCAAGUCGUCGUAGUAGGAAUCGUCACUCGUCUAAUAAGAAUCCGAAGCUCCAUGCAAAUGAAUCGGUAUCCGUUGGUGAUGCCCGCGGCUUCUGGCCUAAACUCGAGCCGAUGUCAAUCGUAGAGCAUCAACAGAAACUGUUUCCUAAUUUGAAGUAG